ACCAACUGGAUUAACAAGGUGUUCAGUCCAUUUGUACCUGGUAGCUCUCCAUCUCGCCAUGAUGAGGUUCAUCCUGACAAUCGCCUUCAUGUUGCCACUGCUCUACACAGCUGACACACUACAGUGCUACACUUGUGAGUUAGGAGAUAAAAGCUGUAGCGUAACAACUCUGCAGAACUGUACAGGCGGAAUGUGCUCCUCUUUAACAAAAGUGAAUGGUCCUUCAGAUUCCAUCACUGUCUCCAAGAAAUGUGUGUAUGUCCCUGAAAGCUGUUAUUUAAUGGGUCAAGUGAACACACUGUCAGUGAAUAAUGGAUACUCAAAAGUCUCCCAGUCGUCAUUCUGCUGCGACACAACAGGCUGUAACAAGGACACCCUUCCUGCACUCAGUGACAAGGCCAAUCAACUGCGCUGCUACACUAGGAUCAAUGGUAGCAGAGAGAUUUUGCAGUGUGUCGGAGUCGAAGACCACUGCUUCAAAUAUGAUGCGCCCGCUUCUCACGGAGGAAAAGUCGUGGUUUAUCAGGGAUGUGCCUCCAGCGACUCAUGCAGCUGGUCCGAGAAGCCGCCCCAGAUUAACCUCAACUGUUGUAAGGGAAACCUGUGUAACAAUGCCCUGGGAUUGGGACUGAGCUCUCCUUCUCUGCUGCUGGGUCUCCUCAUCAUCUCACUUUUCUAGGCAGCGGGAGGAUUCGGGGUAUUUUACCAAAUGUCGGAAUUGUCUCCACAAUCAGUUCUUCAGUACGUCAAUGUUUCGGCAUAUCUAUGUGUUAAUAUGUAGCAUCUGUAAUUCUAAGAAUAAUUUUUUUUUCCAUCAAAUUUCUCAUGGGUGGUUUGAGCCCCAAAUGAUGAUUGGUUUAAAGCUGUUUUAUAUCAGACCGUAUGCCACAGGUAGAAGAAUGUCCUCUUCCCUUUAAAAUUAUGUCAGUUAACUGGUUUGUAGGGCGGUUUUGGGGUUUGUUUGAUAUAGCUAAUGUCAUUUGGCUCAAAGUGGUAUCCAGGCACAGUGCCAGAACCAUGUUAGGGGAGAUACUGAACAUGGCAAAGAUCGUGGUUGUUCCUUCUCUCUCAACUUCUUCCUAAAUCACUCUUUCACACACCUGAAAUCAGUAAAGGGAAAGGAAACAGAAAUAAGAACCACCAAACAUUUCAUGUUAAAUGUUAAGUGUUUGAUGUUUAACAGUAACCUGAUUUAGGAGACAGGUUCUUGGGGUCAGGUGUUUGAUAAUAUCCUAUAUUCUUGCUGGUCUCUUAGCUUUCUCUGUUGAAUAUGAUACUGAGUUUUUGUCAGGCUUGGUUGAUGCUCAUAACAAUGUGCACUGAAUGAUUAAAUUUUUUUCAUUUGUACACUCACAAAACCCUGAUAACAUUAAAUAAAAAUACAUAACCCGGCAACA